CCGGGCAAAGCACAACAAAACAAACGGCAUUCAAAAAAUUGUGAAAUAACGUACUUCUUCUCGCACCUUUCGCCGCUUAAGGACAAAAAACCUUCGAAAAAUGGAAGCAAAACGCCUUUGUGCGUACCGAUUCACGUCCGCAACCGCCACUUGCCUGCUCAUCCAGUAUUUGCUGCUAACGUUUACGGUCCUCAUUGUCAACACAAACCCCCUGACUCCGAUUACCUGGAUUUUCGGCACUUUCCGGAGCAUGUUGCGGAUAUCCACGCUCUUCUUCCUGCUGCCAAUCGGAGCUCUUACUGUCGCAAAUGGCGUCAUGUUGUUGCUGAAUUACCUUUCGCCGAAAAAGCCCGGAGAAAUUUCCAAAUUUCUGCGAAAGUUAACCAAAGUAGCGUUUCAGUUCGUCACGGGACUCGUGCUGACAUGGACUUUUUUGCGAUUUUUGAGCGAGGAAUAUGGAAGGGUCUUGCAUCGAACGACGUGGGAAUAUAAUUUAAAAUGUGUUUACUUGUUGCUGUGUGGCUUGGUGACUGUCGGGCACUUUAUUAGCAAGCGCCAAACGGAUGUCAUCGAGUUUCCGGUGUUGCAGCAGAAGAAAUAUCUGCGAAUAAAAACGGAUUUCUUCACAAAUUUCUGGAAAUCUUUGGGAGAAUCGAUAUUUCCGAGCUUUUUGUGCGCUUUGGCAGUCACGACAUUCAUGGGAAUCAGCAUUUGGAGCAAAAAUCUCGAGAAAAAUAACAUUUUUGGACUCAUCAUCGAUUAUCAUCUUUAUUUCUACACCUGGUUGUUAUUCGCGUACAUUUCCUGCUCACUAACAAUGCUAAAAGACGUUUUUGAGGUAUUUUUCUCGGAUUAUCAGCAAUUUCCCAUCGAAAAACCGGCAUUGAUUGCUUCCGACGCAUAUUUAACCUUAGCUGAUGGUCUUUUGUACACGAAAAUUCCUUUAAUUCAAACUCUGGCUGCUCUGGAUUUCUUCGUACUAUCACAAAAUUACAACACCGCUCGUCGUCAGGAGCUUUUUUCACUCAGUUCUGUCGGGGGUCAUCCUCACAACUUCCGAAAUGUGAACGAAGCAACGCUAAAAGUCCUUCAGGAGUUCACAAAAAGCCUUACGGAGGUAAUUGAAACGAAAAAAGUCCCAACUCCUGUCAUCGCAAACAAUAAUAACGCACUGCCGGUCAUAACAUCACCCGUAAGAGACGAAAAAACGGAGCAACGUGACAUGAACAAGACCCUUGGGAUUCGUAACAUGGUCUAUACUCCAAUUGCGUCACCUCUGAAGCCACUUACAGCCCCUCCGGUAAUGCCCGAACCAAAAACUCCCCAAGUUAGUCUCAAUUGCAACGUUCCAUCGACCCUUCGAUCGCUUUUCGGCGAAGAUAAAAGCAAAAAAGUCACCCAAAUACUCGCCAACUACUCGGAGAAGGUGACUUAUCUCAGUCAAGGCAUCGCCGCAAUCGCCGUUUUUUCAUUGACGGAAGACAAAUACGGUGUCGUGCAAGACUCCCUGCCAAAAAUCAUCAAAACUCUGCUCGAGUUGCACCAAAUAUUAGAAAAAAUUAACGCGAUGAACUUGGUUGUUGCGAAAAAAUCGAAUUAUAGUUUCAUUAAAGCGCGUCAGGCAGCCAAACGAAGUCUCUAUAAGAUGGUUAAGGAGUUCCAGAUUUACUUCAAGGACAUGGUUUUGGAACGUACGACGGUAGAAGCGCUUCGAUCCUUCGUCGUUUAGCAUAUUUAUUAUUUUUGUAUCGAAAUAAAUUGAGAUUUGUA